CUUAAACAACAACAACAACAACGGUUCCUUCACGCAUGCUGGAGAAAUGUACAAAUAAGGUAAUCUUGGCGAAGGAACACUAUUAUAUCAGAUUUAAAGCAGUCUUGCAACUUACAAUACUUGUCUCCUGUCCUUGAAAAUGGCCUGCAAGUUGGAAGACACUGGGAAUGAUAUUUCACCACAUGAAAUACAGACAUGCCAAGGAAAAAAGGAAAACAUUCAAUUUGAAAGAUUUUGGGUCUACAUAUGCCACAUUUGUAAAGCAUCAUUUAAAAGGCCUGAAAGCCUCAAAGUGCACUUAACAGCACAUAGUAGUACUGGAGAAGAGAUGAGGAAUCCUCACCGUAGAAGUUUCAGUAAACUGACUCGCAUUGCGAAAGAAAGGAUAGUUCCUAGACUGGAACGUCCAUUUUCUUGUACAAUUUGUGAAGAGAAGUGUAAAGAUGACUUAGCUUUAAAAUUUCAUCUAUCGGUCUCGCAUAGGUUUCCAUAUAAGUGUUGUAUUUGUGACAAAGAGUACCGUAAUAAAUUAAGUUUAAAAUGCCAUUUACGAACACAUUGGAGAAAGCCUAAACCUCAGUUUCCUUGCCCCAUGAUUAGAUGUAAUAAAAAAUUCAGUAGUCAAAGUUUGGUGGAAUCUCACGUGAAGUUCCACAGUCAAAGACAGAAAUUUCCCUGUGAAAUUUGCAAUAAGGAGUAUUCUUCGAAAGAAACUCGAAAACAACAUAUGCUUAUUCAUACAAGAGUGAGAGAAAUCACACGGCACCAUUGUGAAAUUUGCAAUGAAACAUUUAAUAGGAAAAAGGACUUAAGGAAUCACAUGUUGCUGCAUUCAGCAGGAAAGGAGGAUAUUAACCACCAGUGUAAAAUAUGUGGAAAAAUAUUCUCUAACAAGAAGAGGCAUGCUGCACAUGUGGAAAUGCAUAAGAACACAUGUAAGCACUGUAAUGAAGUUUUUGAUUCACCUGAGCGUCGAAACAAACAUUGUCAGCUUCAUACGUGCGAGUAUUGUGGCCAUUUCUUUAAAUCUGUAAUUAUAACAAAUAUUAGAAAUCACAAGGCUUUAAAGCAUUCUACAACAGAAGGUACAGUUGCAAAAUGCAAAAAAGAAACUUCGGAAGACGAUAAUGUUUGAAUAAUGCAUGUGCAGUGUUAGUAUCUUCAGCUGCAUAAAAGUCACAUGUGCAAAAAGACUCGUUUACGGUACUACAUUCUACCCAAAGGCAUAAAUUUGUUAAAUCAACGUGUCAGUUUAGCAAAGCUACAGUUUUUUUGUGCUUGAAGAAAUUUUGUAUUUAGCUCGGCUAUUUGAAAUGAUUCAGAUAGUGAAGCUUUCGAUGUUUCGUUUAAUUCAGCGUUCAGGUUUUUUUUUCGUUUUUUUUUUCUUUGUCUUAAACCUGUGGGUAAUUUUGAUGACUUUAGUUCAGGGGAAAUUCAUACCUGAUUAGUGUUAUUGGAUUGUUUUCCCCGCUGUUGUCUGUCAUGCUGCAAAAAGCUGUAAUAACAUACAAAUGUACAUCUGCCAUAAGGUUUCGCAUGUUGUUUGUUGAUAACUUAGGACUUCCUUGCCUUUCUUGAGCAUUUUUAGCUCAUCUGAUUUUUUGAAAAAAAAAAUGAGUUAUUGUCAUCACUUGAUCGGCGUUGGCGUUGCCUGGUUAAGUUUUAUGUUUAGGCCAGCUUUUCUCCUUAACUAUCAAAGGUAUUGCUUUGAAACUUGCAACUCUUCUUCACCAUCAGAAGCUGACCCUGUACAUCUAGAAACAUAACUCCAUCCUGUUUUUUUGGAAUAUUUAUGGCCCAUUUUGGAGUUAGAAAAUAUCAGAUUUCUUGGUGAAGAUUUAUGUUUGAAACUUGCAACACUUGUUCACCAUGAUAAGCUGACUCUCUACAUCAAGAAACAUAUCUCCAUUGUGCUUUUUGCAAGAAUAAUUGCCCCUUUAGGACUUAGAAAAUCAGUUUUCUUGGUUAAGUUUUAUGUUUAGGUCAGCUUUUCUCAUAAACUAUCAAAGCUUUUGCUUUGAAACUUGCAACAUUUGUUCAACACCAUAGGCUGACCCUGUACAGCAAGAAACAUAACUCCAUCCUGCUUUUUGCAAGAUUUAUGGCCUCUUUUGGACUUAAAAAUAUCAGAUUUCUUGGUUAAGAUUUAUGUUUAGGUCAACUUUCCUCCUAAACUAUCAAAGCUAUUGCUUUGAAGCUUGCAACACUUGUUCACCAUCAUAAGCUAACCCUGUACAUUAAGAAACAUAACUCCAUCCUGCUUUUUGGAAUAUUUAUGGCCCCUUUUGGACUUAGAAAAUCAGUUUUCUUGGUUAAGUUUUAUGUUUAGGUCAGCUUUUCUAAUAAACUAUCAAAGCUAUUGCUUUGAAACUUGCAACACUUGUUCACCAUCAUAAGCUGACUCUGUACACCAAGAAACAUAACUCUAUCCUGCUUUUUGCAAGAAUGAUGGUCCUUUUUGGAGUUAGAAAAUCAUGGUUAGGACAAUAAUUCUGUUAUACAAAAAAAAAAACAGAUCUAUGAGCGUCAACACCCGCAAGGCAGUGUUCUUGUUGUCUGAUACUUUAACCAUCACCGCAGUUUUUAUGCCCCCGGCAUCUGCUGAUGCGGGAGGCAUAAAGUGAUUGUCCUGUCCGUCCGUUUGUUCGUUCAUCCAUCCGUACGAGAUUAACCAAAUGGGACCUUUUCGUCUAGAUUCAAUACCCCUUACUAGAAUGACUUGAUACUAAUGCAGAUGUAAGCUGUGACCAUUCCUCAUCUUCAGACAUCACCUGACCUCAAUUUGACCUUGACCUUGUUUUGGACUUGGGUCGCUUUAUAUGGGCCAUCUCUUGGUUAACCAAAUGGGACCGCUUCGUCUAGCAUCAAUACCGCUUACAAGAAUGAAUUGAUACUAAUACAGAUGUAACCUGUGACCAUUCCUCAUCUUCAAACAUCACCUGACCUCAGUUUGACGUGACCUUGACCUCGUUUGGAAAAUCUGUCGACAAGGAUGCCACCAGGGGCAUCAAGCGUUUCUUGAACGCAGUUCUUUGUUUGCAUAGCAUCAGAAUAACCUGUCCAUGUCAGAAAUAAUAUAAAAUAAUACUUAAAAGUAAUAAUACAUAAAAGAUGACAUUUAAAAGAUAAUAUGAUAAUUGUAGGGAUCAGCACUGAUUAGAAAACCAGUAAAUGAAGAGUGGCCAAGGCUAGUUCCAGUGUUACUGUUACACUAGACAUCUACACUAUCACCUUUCGCUAGAUGUAAUGUAGCUGUUCCUGUAGCUGUUCCAUUGCCGUCUGUUGCAUACUUACCGUCUAUUUUACCCUGCUGAGAAGAGUGGCCAAGGUUAGUUCCAGUGUAACUGUUACACUAGACAUCUACACUAUCACCUUUCACUAGAUGUAAUGUAGCUGCUCCUGUAGCUGUUCCAUUGCCGUCUGUUGCAUACUUACCGUCUAUUUUACCCUGCCGAGAAUUCAUCCAGUCGGAGAAAUUUGAUUUUUGAGGUCGAUGAAUUAUCUGGGAAUUUUGAAUGUAGUUUCUAAGUCUUGUGUUGCAAAAUUGUCAGGGAAUUUUGAAUGUAGUUUCAACAGUGUUUUUUUUGCAGUGUUGCAAAAUGCUAAGAGUCACUUUACAAUUAUUCCCAUCUUGAUUAAGUGUAACUGACUUUAAGCAUUUUUGAAGCCAUUUUCUUUUAGGAAUAUCCAUGUCUUAUGCAAUUAUAUAACAUGUGUCUUAUUAUAUAUGUCUUAUAACAAUUAUCUCUGUACUCUAUACAAUAUAAUCUUCUCAGACACUAUUUUCAAGAAUAUCUAUGUCUUAUGCACUAUAAUCUCCUCAGUACUUUAAUAAGAUAUUUAUGUCUUAUGCACUAUAAUCUUCUCAGUACUUUAAUGAAAUAUUUAUGUCUUACGCACUAUAAUCUUCUCAGUACUUUAAUGAAAUAUUUAUGUCUUAUGCACUAUAAUCUUCUAAGUACUUCCAAGAAUAUCUAUGUCUUACGCACUAUAAUCUUCUCAGUACUUU